GACAGGACUCUGGGCUCUCCCGCUCACCCCCUCACUUUGGCUCCAUCUACCAUGUCCGAGGUAACGGGACCCUGCAGCAUCCAUUUGCCGGGGGGAGCGGAGGAUGCUCAGCACCCGGCAGGACCAGGCUGUCCUAACCCAGGAGCCAUGGGGACAGCAGCUUGGUUGGCUGUGGGUCUGCAUUCUCUGUGUCAUUAACCUGCCCUAUGCCGAGAUCGAGGAGCCCUUCGAAGCCUGGUACAACCUGACGGGGAACAAGAGCCGCAUCCAGUAUUAUGGGGGGCAGGUGAUAACCUACCAGCUGGCAGCGGUGAAGCCCUAUGGGAUGCGGUACAAGAUCACACCAGAGACCACCGAGAAGGAGGUGAACACCAAGAAAUGCUUCCAGCUGCCCGGCUCCGAGGAGGACGUGGUCAAGGCUCAGAGUGUCUUCCCCAGCAUGGAUGGCUUCAAGUUCCUACGGGAGGAGUACUACCGGGGCCGGUACUGCGCCGUGUGGCAGAACAUCACCCACUGGGCACAGAAGAAGAACGUCUACACGCUGUGGGUGACCAAUUCCAGUUGUGGGGUGGCCCCUGUCCACUACGAGAUGCGGGGCUACAACAGCCUCCUGGGCUCCCACUACGACAAGUAUGAGAUCGCCUACACUGACUUUGACAACAGCUUCCCACCUUCCAUCUUCGACCUCCCCAUCAACGAGACGAAGAAGUGUGGGGUCCUGCCGGGGAGCACGGCGGAGCACCGUGUGCUGGCCAACCCCAUGGAGGACCUGGUGGGACGGCACCAGCCCUGGGCCCAUGAGGUCUUCCACCACUACCGCAGGCAGCAGGGCCGGCGGUACGGCUCCGUGCGGGAGCUGGAGCACAGGCAGAGCAUCUUCGUGCACAACAUGAGAUUCGUGCACUCGCGGAACCGCGCCGCGCUCUCCUACACGCUGGCGCUGAACCACUUGGCCGACCGCACGCCCCAGGAGCUGGCUGCCCUGCGUGGCCGCCGCCGCAGCCGGGCCCCCAACAACGGGCAGCGCUUCCCCAUCGAGCUCUACACCGGCCUCAUCCUGCCCGAGAGCCUCGACUGGCGCAUGUACGGCGCUGUGACCCCCGUGAAGGACCAGGCUGUCUGCGGGUCCUGCUGGAGCUUUGCCACCACGGGUGCGAUGGAGGGUGCCCUAUUCCUCAAGACUGGUGUGCUGACCCCCCUGUCCCAACAAGUCCUCAUCGACUGCUCCUGGGGCUUCGGGAACUACGCCUGUGACGGGGGUGAGGAGUGGAGAGCCUAUGAGUGGAUCAAGAAACAUGGCGGCAUCGCCAGCACCGAGUCCUACGGCACCUACAGGGGGCAGAAUGGCUUGUGCCACUACAACCAGUCUGAGAUGCUGGGCAAGAUCACGGGCUACGUCAACGUCACCUCAGGCAACAGCACAGCAGUCAAAGCUGCCAUCUACAAGCACGGCCCUGUGGCCGUCAGCAUCGACGCCUCGCACAAGACCUUCUCCUUCUACUCCAACGGCAUCUACUAUGAGCCCAAGUGUGCGAACAAGCCGGGAGAGCUGGACCACGCGGUGCUGGCCGUGGGCUACGGGGUCCUGCAGGGAGAGACCUACUGGCUCAUCAAGAACUCCUGGUCCACGUACUGGGGCAACGAUGGCUACAUCCUUAUGGCCAUGAAGGACAACAACUGCGGCGUGGCCACUGAAGCCACCUACCCCAUCCUGGCCUGAGCCACCCUUUGGUCUGCAGGGAGAGCCCUCGGCAGUGCUCUUGGCACUCAUCCCUGGAUCAGCCUCUUGGAUGCCCAUCAGCCAGCAGGAAGCUGUGGGACACAGUGGGACAGGGCCAUGGGGUGCUGGACAAGGGGACCCUGCUGUGGACUUGCCAAUAAAGCCCCUGGGAUAACAGUG